UAGAAGUCUCACACAUUCGGCUUCAGCUCUCUCCCUCUGCGAUUCACCUCUUGACGACGACGACCCUGUCUCUGAUCAGUGAUCAGCUUCUUCUCCUCCUCUUCUCUUCCAUGGCGACGACUCUCUUCAUCUGAAUUGGGGUGUGGAAUCGAAGAGUUAGAGUGAGGAGAGAUUUUUGGAAUUUGGGGUUUGAAUUAGUUAUGGAUGGGAAUAAGGAUGACGCGUCGAAGUGUUUAAGAAUCGCUGAAGACGCCAUUGUUAUUGGUGAUAAAGAACGAGCGUUGAAAUUUAUCAAGAUGGCUAAACGGCUUAAUCCAAGUCUCUCUCUUGAUCAUCUUGUUGCUGCUUAUGAGAAUCUGGAUUCAGUUUCGAGGAAUCGGUCUGUUGAUGAAAAGCUUAAAACUGUGGAUGGUGAUGGUAAGCUUGAGACUGGGAAGGGUGAUGAGAAUAAGAAGUAUACUGAGGAAAGUGUGGAAUUGGUUAGGAAUAUAAACAGGAACAAGGAUUACUACGCGAUUUUGGGUUUAGAAAAGAACUGUUCGGUUGAAGAGAUUAGGAAAGCUUAUAGGAAGUUGUCUUUGAAAGUUCACCCGGAUAAGAACAAGGCACCUGGUUCAGAGGAGGCGUUUAAGAAACUUUCGAAAGCGUUUACGUGUUUGAGUGAUGGUAACUCAAGAAGUCAGUAUGAUCAGGUGGGAUUAGUUGAUGAGUUUGAUCAUGUUCAGAGGCGGAAUCGUAGGCCAAGGAGGAGAUAUAACACGCGGAAUGAUUUCUUUGAUGAUGAGUUUGAUCCCGAUGAGAUAUUCAGGGCGUUUUUUGGUCAACAACGAAACAUGUUCCGUGCUUCCCAUGCUUAUAGGACUGCUUCCCAUGCUUAUAAGACUAGACAAGCGCGUAGCCAACCCCGAGAGGAGGAACCUAGUGUGGCUGGACCAAGCUGUUUGACGAUUAUUCAGAUUAUACCAUUCUUUCUACUUCUGUUGCUGGCUUAUCUACCCUUUUCUGAACCAGAGUAUUCUCUGCACAAGAGCCAGUCUUAUCAGAUGCCGAAGACAACACAGAAUAUGGAGAUUAGCUUUUAUGUUAGAUCAUCACCAGCAUUUGAUGAGAAGUUUCCGCUGGGUAGCUCUUCUCGAGCUAAUCUUGAGGGCAAAGUGAUCAAAGAGUACAGACACUUUCUUUUCCAGUCUUGUCGCAUGGAGCUCCAAAAACGGCGGUGGAACAAGAAAAUACCAACCCCUCACUGCAACGAGCUUCAAGAUCGUGGAUUUGUUGAUAGGCAAAUACCGAUAUGAUACCCGCCCAGAACUGUCCAACAAUCACUGAAGACAGCCAGAUCUUGAUGUUCCAGAGGUUCUUGGGCCGAACGGAUAAACUGUAAUGUUCAGUAGGAAGGAUAACUAUAAUAUUUCGUUUUUUUUGUUGCAUAUAGAGUUGGAGAUGAUAAUUCAUUGGAGAACAACAAAGAAGAAAUACUCAUAACAGAGGUACCUGUUGCAUACUCACAUUAUGAUUCAAACAAAAAAA